AUGGUAACUUAUUGGAUCCUCAAUUCUCUUUCACCAAACUUGAGAGAUGGACUGCAAUAUGUAAAUAAUGCUAAAGAACUUUGGGAAGAAUUAGAGGAUCGUUAUGACCAAACGAAUGGCUGUAAGUUGUACCAAAUCCAGAAGGAGAUCAAUGACCUGGUAAAAGGAAAUCUAGACAUCACUGGCUACUAUACAAAGAUGAAGAAAUUAUGGGAGGAAAUGAACACCAUUGACAUUGCAUCUCAAUGCUCUUGUGUGUACACUUGUAGUGGAAAGACCAAGAUGUACAAGGUUGAACAAGACACGAGACUCAUACAUUUCUUAAUGGGGUUGAAUGAGGUGUAUACUGCUAUGAGAGGGAACAUUCUAAUGAUGGAUGUUCUACCUACCAUGGCACAAGCUUUUGCUAUUUUGUGUCAAGAGGAGAAGCAAAGGGAGAUGAAGCCUCAUAACUCCACUGCCCUAGAUUCCACAUCUCUUGUUGCAUAUUCUUCAACACACACUAGAAAGGGUUUUAAGACCAACUACAAUUCAAACAGAGGAAGUACAAGUAACUCUGGCAAUUCUAAUUUUAGGGCAAGUUCCAGCAGUGUAAAUGCUUACUCACAAACCAGACCUCAAUUGUUUUGUGACUACUGCAAGAGGUCUGAUCACACCAAAGAUAGGUGCUACAAACUUCAUGGCUAUCCAACAAGUUCCAAGUUUUCAAAAGGAAAGGGUUCAGCUUCAGCAGCUAAUGCAUACACUUCUGAGGAAGGGAACAACCAAGUUGAGGGAAAUCAUGAGCAGAGAAGACAAAUGCCACUGAACUUGUCUAAGAGUCAAUACGAACAGUUACUCAAUCUCUUGGGAACUCUACAAGUUGGAAACACUGAUGCUGACAAUUCAGAUAAUAUGCUAAGUGGAGCUGUGAACUUGGCAGGGUCCUUCUCUGAAGAGCCCUCUGGAGCUUGGUAG